UUAUUUUGCUCUGAAUAAAUUCCUCAUGGUUCGGACGGGAAGAACCCAUCGUCAUAACUGAUUUGCUCUUCUCUCCGGUUUUUCAUCAAACACUUGACAUGUGUAGUCUCUUCACCGGCAUUCUUAAACUACCAUCCUCUCUCAUAUCCCCCUGAUCUCCCCAUGAAACCCCAACACCUCAUCCCCAAGCCCUCCUCCUCCCCCUCUACAUCUCUCCCAUGGAUCUCUCCCCUCCAAUACCUCAAACCGCCGCCUCCCAAACCCUCCCCUCCCCCCCCUCCGCCCAAGCCCUCCAAGCGCCCUUCCCGCUUCAUCUCCCACCCCGACGCUGUCCGCCUCAUCAACCGCCAGUCCGACCCCCAGCGCGCCCUCGACAUCUUCAACUCCGCCGCCACCCAGCCCGGCUUCUCCCACAACCACGACACCUACUCCGCCAUCCUCCUCCGCCUUGCCCGCGCCCGCAAGUUCCUCGCCAUCGACGCCCUCAUCCGCCGCAUGGCCCUCGAGCCCUGCCGCUUCCACGAGGCCGUCUUCCUCCGCCUCAUGCCCCUCUUCGCCCGCGCCUCCCUCCCCGAGAAAACUCUCGACCUCUUCCACUCCAUCGCCCCAAUCGUCCGCCGCAAGCCCUCGCCGAAAGCCCUCGCCACCUGCCUCGACCUCCUCGUCGACUCCGGCCGCUUCGAUCUCGCCCAGAAGCUCCUUUCCGAUGCCAAAAUCAAAUUUCUCAUCGAACCCAACACUUGCGUCUACAACAUUCUCGUGAAGCGCCAUUGUAAGGCUGGUGAUCUCGAUUCGGCGUUCAGAGUUCUCGAGGUGAUGAGGACAUCGAAUUCGGCGCGGCCCAAUUUGAUCACCUACUCCACCUUGAUGGGUGGACUGUGCAAGGAGGGGAAGCUCAAGGACGCAUUCCAGUUGUUCGAGGAAAUGAUUGAGAAGGACCGGAUUGUUCCUGAUCCAUUGACGUACAAUGUGCUGAUUGAUGGGUUUUGCAGAGAGGGGCAAGUCGAAAAGGCGAGAGCAAUAAUGGCGUUUAUGAGAAACAAUGGUUGCGAGCCGAAUAUGUUCAAUUACUCAACUUUGAUGAAUGGGUUCUGCAAGGAAGGGAAAGUAGAAGAGGCAAAAGAGGUUUUUGAGCAGAUGAAGAAGGCCGGAUUAGAAGCUGAUGCUGUGAGCUACACAACAUUGAUUGGUUGUCUCUGUAGAGAGGGAAGAGUUGAUGAAGGAAUUGAAUUGGUGAAAGAGAUGAGGGAAAGUGGGUGCAAAGCUGAUGUUGUUGCAUAUAAUGUGGUUAUUGAAGGGUUGUGCAAGGAUGGGAGGUUUGCGGAGGCAAUGGACUUGCUUGAGAGCUUGCCUUAUGAAGGUGUUCGGUUGAAUGUGGCGAGCUACAGGAUUGUGCUGAAUUGCUUGUGUAACAGAGGGAAGAUGGAGAUGGCAGUGGGUUUGUUGGGUUUGAUGCUUGGUAGAGGGUUUGUGCCUCACGUUGCAACAUCGAACAAGCUGUUGGUUGGAUUGUGUGAAAUUGAAAGGAUGGGGGAUGCAACUAUCGCAUUGUAUGCAUUGGUGGAGAUGGGAUUUAGGCCAGAGAUUGAAACAUGGAUUCACUUGGUUGAGUCGGUGUGCCGGGAGAGAAAACUCAAGAAGGUGUUUGAAUUGAUCGACGAAAUAAUCAUGGAAGAUAAAUUUUGACUAUUGAAAGGUCUUCUCUGCUUUCUCAUCAUUUCUUUCUGGGGGAGAGAAGUGAUGGAUUAAAGAGUGAAUGGAUCUGGUGAUAUGGUUAACCAUGCAAACUCGAACGAAGAAAAGAUGAACAAAGUUCAGGAGAAAAAAGAAAAAUGGGUUAGAAAAGAUGAAUAUAGUGUGGGGAAAAAAAGAAAAAUGGGUUAACAUGGUGAAUGAGCUCGUGAAGGAUCAGGUUAUUGGUCGAGGAUAAUGACCAAAUUGUUGAACAUUGAAUAUUCAGCGGAAUUGAUGGAUUGAGCUGGGAUAAUUAACUGCUGAAAUUGGCUGGUAUGGAAAAGAUUCAAUGAAGAUCCUUGGGAUAGGGAGAUGAUGCUGAUUAGCAACCACUUGAAAAGAUCUCCUUUCUUUGUGUUGCUCUAUUGUGGAUUUGUUGUCUUUGGUUGUGGAUACAACUUCGGUCCAUGCUACUAUGAAGCCAGAAUUUGGAUGAAUGUGGAAAAUAUUAGUAGCAAGAAUUUGGAUGUGUGAAAAAUAGCUUAGUGGGUUUGUUGAAACAAAAUGAGAAUGUAUGAGAGCAUCAACUUGAUUAUAUGCCUUGUAGCAUGGAGCUAUAUCUAACCUCAUUUCUCACAUUGAUCGAAGAAAUUGGAGUUUGAUGAAAGCAUCAUACAUACCCUACAAAAUAAAGAAAUCAGUUGCUUGGUUUCAGGAUGGCACUUCCAGAUAUGUAUUGCGAUCGAGUGGGCUUUCACAGCCCUUUGUAGAGCACAGGACUGCAGUCCCCACCUCAUUUAGAUGCAAGGGGAGCUCUGAAUCCUGUUUGAUGAGUAACUUUUUUCUGAGCAGCACUGGGUUUGCAGUUCCAAGUUCCUUUCUCAAGAAAGUUUAUGGUCAAGGAAUUCUGUCAACAGAAAAGAAUGCUAACUAGCUGAAUGAUGACUUAGUUUGAGACUGUUACAGUUUGCAAGGAUCUCUAUGCAGGCAAGAAGUGUUUGUAUUCGAUCCGAUGGUAUUGCACUUAAAGCUGUAAAGAAUCUCACUAGUAAUGGAGGGGAUUGAGUUGUUUCC